CGCAGUGGAAACCCUUAUCCGUCGCCUAUAUAAGCGUGGAUCGUUGCUUGUCUGCAAGCACAUUUCAGAACUGACUUUCAGAGUAACUCGACAGUGUGCAGUGUUGAUACAACUUCAAAAUGCCUGAUCCUUGCUGUAAAGAGAAAUGCGUUUGUGCCGAGGGUGGCUGCACGAAGGGCUGCAAGUGCACAAGCUGCAAAUGCGCCCCAUGUGAGAAAUGCUCGUCUGGCUGCGCGUGUUCAUCCAAGGAGAAGUGCGCGACGAGGUGCACGAAGCCAUGCAGCUGUUGCCCAUAGACGUAUGAUUCGACUGCUGCAUUCUGCAUGACUAAGCAACGGAAAUAUUCAUUCUUUCAUUUUGUUUCUCGUAUGUUAUGACUGAAUUAUUGGAAUGUUUAACUAAAUGAAAGAAUGUGAAAA